ACAAUAAAAGAUGCCAAUGGCAGCAGUAGUGAUAUAUCUGGGUUUGAUUCUGGCUUUUGGUUUGCGAUCUGGACGGUUCGCAAGAUGAGCGGCCAAAAUAGUCAAAAUCCGAGUUUAGAAUCUAACUCUCUUUUCUCUUCCCUGAAGGUGGGAGCUCUAAGCGGCUCUGCAGGCCUUGUCUAUGGAGGGAUUUCAGGCGUCGUUCGAUCUUCUCGCCACCCGGUGAUACAUUCUAUAUCGUGUGGUAUCCAUUGGUUCGCCUGUGGAACCUCUUUUUGGUGGCUGAGGAGCAAUAUCUUGAAACUCCAUUAUGAAGAUAAUGCCUCCCCGAAACAACGCGCUUAUGUCAGCGCCUUGUCAGGAGGAAUUGCUGGCGGAGCCGUGACAAGAUUAAUGGGAGGCCGGCUCAUUCCAGGGGUUGUCGUUUUUUCGCUACUAGGCUAUCUCGGGCAAGGCUCAUAUAAUGCGAUCGACAAAUGGCAAAUAGAACAGGCUAAUACUCCAUCUAAGCCAAUCAUUCAGCGGAUCGCCGACUCGAAAUGGAUCCCUCUCAAGUCUCUUUCGGAUGAUGACUAUAGAGGGCUUCUAAGCGAAAAAUUGCUGAGCAUUGAGGCUGAGAUGGCACUCCUUGAUGAAAAGAUCGAAGAACUUGAAAAGUCCAAAUCCCGUGGAUCAGAUGCAGGACAACCGAAAACUGAAUCGAAGUAA